AUGUACAAGGUUCUUCUGCUCACCGCUGUGGUUGCGAUAGUCGCCGCACGGCCGCAACAUGGUCACGACCAACACCACGGUCACGCUAUAUCCUCACAGAGCAUCGUACUGCACCACACUCACGAGACCAAACACCCUGUACACCACGAGGAGCACCAUGAAGAGCACCACGAGGAACAAGGCAAGAAACACGAACAGAGUCACCAAGAUGAACACCAUUACGCGCAGUACUAUCAUGAUGACCAUCACCACGAGCAGUACCACCAUGAUGACCACCAUGAGGAACAGAAUCACGGAGAGCAUCACGACGAGGAGCACCACGGCCACGCCUCCUCCUCACAGAGCAUCAAGCAGCACCACGGACAUGGCACUGAGAAGCACGUUGUCUACUAUUCCCACCCUAAGUACGAGUUUGCGUACAAAGUGGAGGAUCCUCACACCGGUGACAAGAAGUACCAGCACGAGGCGCGCGACGGUGACGUCGUGAAGGGCGUGUACAGUCUGCACGAGCCCGACGGUACUGUCAGGAUCGUCGAGUACCACGCUGAUAAGAAGACUGGAUUCAACGCUAACGUUAAAUUCGAAGGUCACGCCAAGCACAUUGUUCCUGAACACCACCACCAUCACUGA